AUGACAAUCUACAGUCUCUUCAUCUACGAUCGCCAUUGCGAGUGCGUCUACUUUCAUGACUUUCGAGAGAAGCCAACAAGCUACCGACCGGGCGCAUCGACUCUACCGGGUGUCUGUCCUGCCUUUGACGCACCACCUCUCCGAGCACAAGACGACUCGAUCGUGCUCGACAGAGCCAGCGUAGCUUCAAUUACCGCGCCCGUCUCGAGACGUGAUUUGCCAUUCGACGAAGAGGCCAAGCUGGUCUAUGGCGUCGUCUUUUCGCUGCGCAACAUGGUCAAGAAGCUCGCCGGGAGAGAGGAAGCAUUCCUGUCCUACUCAACGUCGACGUACAAGCUACACUUCUUCGAGACCGUCACCGGCUACAAAUUCCUCUUGCUCUCGGAUCUCUCCGCACCCGGAUCGCUGCGCCACGUCCUCAAACAGAUCUACCAAGGCGCCUUCAUUGAGUUUGUCGUGCGCAAUCCUCUGAUUCAGAUGGACAGCCACCAAAGCGGCAGAGGCAUCGACAAUGUCGCCUUUCGACGCGCUGUCGGCCAGUUUAUCGCUACCAUCUCAACUUGAGCUGCCUUGCUGCUGGCACUUCUCAG